GGAGCGCGCCGGCCGGGCUGAAUGGAAGCGGGAGCGCGCCGACUGGGCUGAGUGGAAUCGGGAGCGCGCCGAGCUCUCUGAGGCGAGGCGGGAGCGCGCCAGCUGGGGCUGAGGCGCGGGAGCGAGCCGGACUUUGAGGAAGCGCGGGAGCGCGCCGGCCCCGCUGAGGAGAGGCGGGAGCGCGCUGGACUUUCUGAGGAGGCGCGGGAGCGCGCCGGGCUUUCUGAGGAGGCGCGGGGGCGCGCCAGCUUGGCUGAGAGGCGGGAGCGCGCCGCACUCUCCGAGGCGAUGCGGGAGCGCGCCGGCUCGGCUGAAUGGAAGCGGGAGCGCGCCGGCCCCGCUGAGGAGGCGCGGGAGCGCGCCAAGCUCUGUGAAGAAGAGGGCGCCAGCUUGGCUGAGGGGACGCGGGAGCGCGCCGAGCUCUGUGAGGAGGCGCGGGAGCGCGCCGGCCUCGCUGAGAAGACGCGGGAGCGCGCCAGUCUCGCUGAGCGGGAGCGCGCCGGCCUGGCUGAGGAGGAGCGGGAGCGCGCCAAGCUCUGUGAAGAAGAGGGCGCCAGCUUGGCUGAGGGGACGCGGGAGCGCGCCGACCUCGCUGAGAAGACGCGGGAGCGCGCCAGUCUCGCUGAGCGGGAGCGCGCCGGCCUGGCUGAGGAGAGGCGGGAGGUUGGCGGACUCUCCUUGGCGGCCCGGGAGGAGGAGGAGGAGGAGGAGGAGGAGAGACGUGAGGGGUCGGGGUCCCGGGGCCCGGAGACGUUCCGUCAGCGUUUCCGCCGGUUCCGGUACCGGGAGGCGUCGGGCCCGCGGGAGGCGUUCCGCCGGCUCCGCGAGCUGUCGCGCCAGUGGCUGCGGCCCGACGUGCGCACCAAGGAGCAGAUGGUGGAGAUGGUGGUGCAGGACCAGCUGCUCGCCAUCCUGCCCCCCGACGGCCCGGACCCGCGCCCCGGGGGCCGAGCCCGCCGCCCCGACGUCAGGAUCACCGGCUGACCCGACCCCCGACGGCGGCCGGCCCUUCCUCCUCCACCGUCGGCCCCGGGUCCCGGACGCCCUCGCGGCCUCCGUCUUCCCCGAGGGCAAACGAGCCCCGAGUCGGCCGCCCCGACGGGGCACCGCCCGGCCCCCUUCCUAGCCGCGGCCCAGUUAUCCGAGGCCCAGACGAGCGAAGCCAUCGGGCCGAGGUCGGACGGCGGACGGGGGACGGCCCCUCGGCGCAGGGGGCCGCCCAACAAAUACUACCGAUGGCGUGAUGGCCUUCCAGACCCUGCUGAGCCUCCCCGGGGCAGGCGGCCUUCCCCUCUGCCCCCGAUCCACCCUAAGCCUGCCAGCCUUUCCCUCUGCACUCUGCUGAGCCUCCUAAAGGCCUUCCCGACCCUUCUGAGCCUCCCCAGGGCAGGAAAGCUCAUCCUCUGCACCCUGCUGAGCCCCCCCAGGGCAGGCAGCCUUCCCCUCUGCCCCCUGGUCCACCCUAAACCAGACAGCCUUUCCCCUCUGCACCCUGCUGAGCCUCCUAAAGGCAGAAAAGCUCGUCCUCUGCACCCUGCUGAGCCUCCCUAGGGCAGAAAAGCUUGUCCUCUGCACCCUGCUGAGCCUCCCCAGGGCAGGCAGCCUUCUCCCCUGCUCCCUGGUGAGCCUCCCCAGGGCAGGAAAGCUCAUCCUCUACCCCCUGGUAAGCCUCCCGAGGGCAGGCAGCCCUUCCCUCCGCACCUUGGUGAGCCUCCAGAGGGCAAGAAUCCUUAUCCUCUACCCCCUAGUGAACCUCCCCAGGGCAGGAAACCUUCCCCUCUGCACCCUGGUCCCCUCCUGAGGGCAGGCAGCCUUUCCCUCUGCCCCUCGGUGAGCCUCCGGAAAGCAGGACGUAUCAUCCUCUGCUCCUCGGUGAGCCUCCGGGGGGUCGGGCAUCCUUCCCCUCUGCACGCCGGUCCCCUCCCGAGGGCGGGCGGGGAGCCCACCCUCCUCUCCCCUCCCUGCUCCGGCUUCUGAGGGCAGGCGGCCUUCGCCUCCGCCCCCAGCCGAGCCUCCCGAGGGCCGACGUCCUUUUCCUCCCCACACCCCUCCCCUCCGGGGCCCGGGCCGGGACGCCGACCCGAUCCUGCCCGGGCGCGGCGGGCGCCUCCCCGGCCCGCCGACGGGAAGAUCCAGUGGGCCAGGGCCUGAGGAGAGAGCGCUGAGCCGACCGGAGGGUGGAGGGUGGAGAGCGGCCGGGGGUCGGAGCGGCCCCCGGCCCGCGACCCCCUUCUCGUCCCCCAAUUUCCGCCAGCCGGGGAAGGCCCUCCCUCUCCCCGCACCGGGGCUCAGCCACCGCCCAGAGGCCUGAGAGAAAGCAGGCUGCGGGUAAACAGGAGGGGAUCUUUCACCGGGCCUGCGUCAGGGCGGGGAGGUGGGUCUGGGGUCCAGGAAGACGCCUGGGGAGAAACGCAGGUCUCACGGAAGCUGCCGUCUCUGCCCUCUCACCUCGCCCCCUCCCCGCCCACACGGCGGGGGCAAGAGCCCGGGCUCUGCCCCUUGUCAGCCGGGUGAC